GCCAGUUUUUAGAUAAGCCCCUCCUAAGUUUUUUAAAAGCAUUGUUCCACCGAAGCAUGUAUCGACAUCAAGACAAAUCCACGAAUACAUCCACCCAAUUUGCCACCCAUGCUGUGCCGUUUUCCAUCGCCAUUCCCUUCUUUUGAGGCUGUUGCUCACAAUCACAACCACAGAGAAAAGCAAAGCAACAACAAAGAGCCAGUGAACAGCAACAACACAACUUGCUCAUAAUAGUAUCAAAUCAGCAAUUACCUUUCAUCUCUUCGUUCCAGCAUAAAAACAAACGCACCAUGUCCUUUACCUCUAAAUCAGGCGCUACCUACCUCGGCAGUGGCUUCACACCUGGAGAAAAGGAUGUGAUUGUUGGAAGAGGCAAAGUGUGCUACAAGCACAGUGGCAACCUUCGUCUGGCUGGCAUCGCCCAAUCUGUUUUGGGGACUUACAGUGCACCGGAGGCAACCAAGAAGUCCAAAACUGACUUGAUCAAGAACAUUGUCAGUCAAGUCCGUGCCAGUAGUCCCGAUGGAGGCUUUGUCAAGUUUGACAGUGAGAAUGGCCAGUGGUUUGAGGUUGGAGAUCGAGUGGCCCGGGAAAAGGUAUCACAGACUUUCCGUGACGCUUUGACUGAUCAAUACAAGUCUAGUUCUACCUCGAAGACCCUCAAGAGGCGCCAAGAGAGAAUUACGCGACAGACCAGUAUCGGAUCCACCAGGAUGGAAACCACCAGCGAGCCCAUGAUGAUCACGGAGAGUCCUCGUGUCAUGUCCUUCCACGAGAGCCCUCGCGUCCCAACCAUUCCAAACAGACGAUCAUUUGCAGAGAGCCCCCGUGGUCUCCCCACAAUGCAGUUUUCUGGACAGGUCCCUGGUUUCCGAACACCCGCAUCACCCAUGCUGGUGUCCCCACUCCAGGAUAGCCCAGCAUUCCCAGGCUCAGCAUUCACCAGCCCAGGGAUGCCCAGUCCAGGAAUGCCCAGCCCUGGCAUGGCCUCAGCUUCUCCGUCGUUGUCAUCGCUCUCUUCGCCCCUAUACAACAGUGGUCUAGGGUCGAUGCACGAGAGUCCCUCUAGCCUGCGCCUUGCCUAUGCUAUCGCUGAGCGCAGACGGCGCCUGACUGGGCUCGUCUUGGCCGCUAAUCGCAACCCUGUCCAGCACCCUAGCCAAACAUUUGCCGGAUUGAACCAGCAGCAAUUCCGAUAGAUGCCGUACAAAUCAGGGGUAAACAAAGAAAGUCCCAAAAGGUACUGAGCAAAACGUUCAUAACGAUCUGUGUGAUUUGUGUUCCCAAGCAAUGAAAUGAUAAAAAGAAGUAGUUGCUUGUUUUUUCUGUG